AUGAGUCCGAGGACCCGAACCCACAGCGAGAAUAGGAGCAAGAGUGGAAAUGAUGAUAGGGCAAGCCGGGGGAUGAGGAGAAAGUAUGGAGACAGCGACAGGAGUAGUAUGAGUGGCCGGAGAAGUAGCAGAAGCAACAGCGGGAGGAGUGGUCGGAGUAGCCCCCGAAGCGGUUACAGCUAUAGUAGAAGUGGAAGCCGAAGUAGAAGCCAUGCCCGCGGUAGCGAGGACGAACAGUCCAGGAGGGAUCAAGGCAACUGGGGAGGAAGCAGAAAUUUUUCUCACACUCAACAUAACCCAAUUGGGGGGAGAAACCGAGAAGGGAAUAAUUACAACCCUCAAAAGGAGAGCAACCCGUAUGGGGGAUGGAACAAGAAUACGUAUGAAGGGGGAAGGAGUAACGGGCUGUAUAGUUAUACACGUAAUUAUGGUGGGGGUACUACACAUGUACAGGACCAAAGCGAUGGCCCCUCUGCUGGAGAAGCGAACAAAUUGAACGCAGAGGAUGAAGGACACCUACAAGAAUUACUGAAGCAAUGUGAAGACUCAAGGAAAGAUAGUAGAGUGGUAAUGAACGAGUGGGUGUUUAGAAAAUGCUCUACUUCAAAUUUGAGUCAAGCUAUAUCGAUUCAAUUUUACCAACGGAUAUUGAAGUGUGCAUUUUUUAAGAACAAAUUAAAUUUAAUAUGUUCGUAUAAUGAACUGUUGAAAUGUUUGAAGCUGAAUGGAAGGAGUAAAGAGUUGGAAGACUUUAAGGUUUACAUCCAUUCGAUUAUCCAGGAUGGUUAUACUUGUGCCUACUACAAAGAUCACGGAGCCGUAAAUAUUCUUUUACAGAUGGUGCACUCUUGGCGGGAAUUGUUCGUCACUAAUUUUAAUGAGAAUAAGCUUUUGCUAAGUGUAUUUCACAAUGAGAGUACUGAUGGUAAUAAUGGCUCUUCGUGGGGAAACGGCGGAAGCCACGUCGAUCCUUACCAUCAGGGAAUACCAGACCAGUCACCCAUCAGCCCAAACGGGGGCAUGGGAGGUGGUCCCCUGCAUAAUGAACAGGGUUAUAUGGAUAAUCACACCCAACGAUAUGCCACUGAUUUUGAAAGAGGAAGGUAUGGAGAUAUUGGUCAUUUCAACGGAAGGAAAAUUCCACCCCCCCCUCCGCCUCCUCCUCCACCACCACCUCUUUUCCCAUCAAAUGACUUCCCCAAGUGUAACAAACCAUUUGAUAGGUACAAAAAAAACGAUUUCUUCUUCCCUGAUGAGGGGAGGAAAAAUUACUUUAAUCAUCCUUGGGGAGGGGAGGGAGAAAAUAACAGAGGUAAAAACCCGGAAGAUAUUUCAGUAGGCUUUUUAGCAACGUUAUUAAAGUUUAUUUCCAAGAAGGGGAAGAAGUUGCAGGUUCCCCUGGUCCCCUACACACCCAUAGAUAUUUCAUAUACAUACCAGACCCCUCCAUCAACAAACACAUCUCAACAGCUGAGUGAAAAGAUAAACGACUUUUAUGAAGAGUUGGAAAACAUCAUGAAGGACGAAGGUGGAGUAAGUGGCGAAAGUAGUGAUGAAUCUGAUUCAAGCGAAAGGAUGAAGGCGUAUGAAAAUUAUAAGGCUCUGAAGAGCUUGGGCAGGAAGGAGAAGGUGGAAAAAAACUACUCCAGUGACACGAAUACGACCUUUUCAUCAGUGGAGCUCUUUGAUAGCUCCAUGAUCGAGCUGCUCAACGACAGCGAUGAUAAGGUUAGGAAAAAUAAAAAAAGCAAGAACGUUAAUUUUAGUCAAAUAGCCAUUGAAAAUGCGCAAAAUUGGAAUGAGGAAGGGAACCCUGUUACAUCCAACUUUGAUUUUUACUCCGCCGGGAUGCCAGACCCGGGCGAGAAUGAUGUGUUUGAGAAAUACAGGCGAAGCAAGGCUUAUGUCUACCACGAGGCCAUUGCGCAGAAGUUCCACGAGAUCAAGGGGAAGGAUCCCCGGUCCGCUUAG